GCGGUUCACGCAGUUUUAUAAAGAAGCUGUGUGUCUGUUUGCAGCCAAAGCAGUUUACGAAGGCCUUAUUAGCUCGCAGACUUCAGAAGCUCGUAGUUUUACAAUCCCCUCCUCCUGUCUUCAUCAUGGCUGUGGAUGGAUGUGGACUCGUUUGCAAGUAUAUCCUAAUCAUCUUCAACAUCAUCUUUGCGGUGGUGGGAUUAGCAUUUUUGGGUCUUGGCUUGUGGUUCAGAUUCAGUGAAAGCACCAGGCCUCUCUUCAACAUCGCAGAGUUCAACUCAAGUGCCUUUGUCAUCGGAGUGACUGUACUGAUAGUUCUCGGUGUAAUAAUGCUGAUCGUGGUGACGUUCGGAGACUACGGUGCUUGCAACGAGAAAAGAGGUUCCUUGCAAGUGUUUUCGGCCCUUCUGAUGAUUCUGGCUAUUGCUGAAAUUGUUGUUGGCGUCCUUGCUUACAGCCAACGUGCUAUGGUUGGAAGGAAACUGGGAGAGUUCUACACCAGCUUGUAUAUGCUGUAUGUGAACAGUGGCGACCCAGCCAUGGCCGUCACACUCGCCUUCAUCCAUAACUUGGUAAACUUCAACUUUCUUUCCAUAUGGGAAAGUAAACACAAAUGUUUGUUGUGUUUGUUAAGAUGAUUCAUAUUUCAAAAUUCAGCCUUUUUUUAAAAGUCACAUUUUCC